AUGGCGACUCUGGACGCCUUCGUCGACCGCAAGAAGCCGCUGCCAGAGUCUAUCGCCACCUCACAGGAGAUCCGUGAUCGCUCUUCAACAUUCACUGGCAACAUAUUUCGCGCGACCACCCCGGCCGAGGCGCAGAAGGCCGUCACCCAUCUGAGGCGCGUCGUGCACGGAUCCAAGCCCGCAUCUCACGAGAUCGCGGCGUGGAGAUGCAUGGUGUUGAAGCCAGGGAAGACCGGACUCUCGAGCGAUGACGAUUUUGAAGUGCAGGAAGGCAGCGACGAUGACCAGGAGAGUUGGGCUGGCAGUCGUGUUCUGAAGGUGAUGCAGGCGGAGGCCGUCAUCGAUGCCGUAGUGAUCGUGAGUCGGUGGUAUGGAGGCGUGAUGCUCGGCCCUAUCAGGUUCACGCACAUUGAGACGUGUGCUCGUGAGGUCUGUCGCGCGUUCAGGCUGAAGGAUGAAGUGGAAGACUGUCUCUCCACUCUCAACACCUUGGACGAUAUCCUCACCGAUCUACGUGCAGAGCUGAGCAGGCUGAGGGCGCUGGCAACCCCGGUGACUGCUGGUCCAUCCAAUGAUUCGUCCACUGAAGGUGUACAGCUGCCGGCGAGGACUACGAAGAAGAAACAAGAUUAUUCUGGCUUGUUGAAGGACCUUGAUGCAGCGAAGGCGAAGAGGCUGGUCACAGCUAGAGAGAAUGCUAUCAAGAGCGUCAAGGCAUCCAUUACAAAGGCGAAGACAGAUGCUGGGCUGUGA